AUACAGAAUAGGGUAUUGUACGUGAGCGAACAGCCAGUGAUGCUAGUGUUAAUAACUGUAAUUUACGUUUUGCCACACAACCAGCGCUAGCGCUACCUCCCUUAUCUGAUGGAACCACAGUAUUGGUUACCGAGCUCAUUUAUGAUUGGGCAGUUAAAGUUCGCUUCGUUUUAGUUCAUUUAAUUUUUGUAGCGUUAACGUAGCCUUCCAAUGAGGACGUUUUUCUUUAAAUUAAUAUCGUAAGCAAUCAAUCCGCCUCAAAGAGACACAUGCUCAUAGAGGAUCUCAAACUUAACCGUAUUGGUCAUAAGCCUGACAGAAACUGAAUAAUUCACACGGUCUCGAAUGAGAAAUGUUACUUAUUCUUUUUUAAUUUGGAAAGACAUCAAAAUAUGGUGGUAAACUGCAGAAAUGUACUUUUAAUUUGCUUACAAUUCUCAUUAGAAAUGCUGGAAUUAUUCUCUAUUAACCAAUUCUUCUGACGUCACCUGCAUUGCACCUGAAUGAAGUGGCUUCUUAAAAUGACUUUUUGAUAAAGUUCAUGUUAAAACUUAAUUAAGGAUAGUAAGAAUUUGAUACAUUUGCGGUUAUUAUAAUUCUAGAAAAUAUUUAUUUACAAACUUAGUGUCUCUUCUUUCUGCCAGAUUGUUUUACAUUGGAAAUAGCACGAGGCUGUGACAUGCGUAUUAGUUUAGCAGGUGUUCCCCCCAAAUACGUGGUAACAUUGUACCUGGGAUUCAACUAACAGCAAUCAGGCCCUAAAAAAUGUAGUUCAAUGUUUUCAUAAAAAUAACGAAAAAGAAAAUUAGGAAAACAGAAAACAACAAAAUACAAAAAAAAAAUUACAUACGAAGUCGGCGAAUACCCAUUAGAAUUGAGGGUAACAUGUCCUUGUGAACCGAGCGGUACCAGAACUCGUUUAAAUGGCUAUCUAACAAUGUUGAGUCACGCAUUGCUCCUAAUAUUUUCGUUUAAUGGUCUCGCACAAGUUAGCGACUUAUUCUCAUAGAAGGACUGGAAUAAAGAUCUGAAAGAUCGAUUAAAAAUUGAAAUGAUGUUAGAAUAAAGGAUUCAGAUUGUUCUCCAAGUUAUUCAUACGGUAAAAAUAUUUACCAUUUUUAGAUGUCACAUCGUUCUCAUAUUCGUCAUCGUCAUAAUAGUGAAGAAAAUGACAAUAGUGAUGAAGAAGAACAAGUUGUGGAAAAAAAAGAAGAUGGUGCGAUACAAGAUUUAAAAUUAAUGCAAAAGUUACGACAACGAAAAAAAGGUUUAACAAUCGAUGAACUUGCAUUGGGAAAACCACUUGUUAAUGGUAAAGAUGAUCAUGAUCCAUUUAAUUUGAAAACAGGUGGAUUAAUCGACUUAAAAAAAGCGAAAUCCAAAGAUGUCAAUAAUAUCAAUAAUAAUUUUGCACGAGAAACAAAUACACGUGAUGAAGAUACAGAAAUGCAACGGUAUAUCGAAGAACAAUUAGCAAAAUUACAUGGGAAAAACGAAAAUGAUGAGAGUACACCUAACCAUAUUAAUGAACGAAAUUUUAAAAUAAAAAAACCAGAAGAUACUCUAUUUCAUGUUAGUCAACAUUUAAUUGUUAAUCAUUCACAACAUACAUCAGAAGAAAUGUUAAGUGAACAAAUGUUAUCAGGUAUACCAGAAGUAGAAGUGGGCGUCGACGAAAAAAUUCGUAAUAUUGAAGAAACAGAUCGAGCAAAACGAAAACUAUUACAAUCAUUACGUGAUAAAAAAGUAGAAAAAAUGACAGCAAUGAUUCAACCGGCACCAAAAAGUACAGCUGUGAAUUUUGUUCAACAUAAACGAUUCAAUACGGAUAUGAUGGAAAUUUUACCAAAACGAUAUAAACAAAAUAAAGACAUUGUUCGUCCACAACUAGUGGUCGGCAAUAAAGAAAAACAUCCAGCAAUAUUACGCGAUCCAAAGCCACCAGGAAAUCCAUCUGAUAAACCAAUAUCAGAAACAGCUACAGAUGAUUUAGUAUUUGAUCAUUUUCGUAAAAAUUUACACAAUAAUAGAAACUGGAAAAUAAGACUCGCUUAA